AUGCAGUCUCCAAUUCUUAACCCCGCGCGCCAUCACCAUGCGGCUUCGCAAACUGCACGGCGGCCUGUUGUGCGACUUCGUGGACAAUCCUAUAUCUCUGGCUCGAAUUCGAACUCAAAUCAGUCCUCGCCGUCACCGAUCUCACCGAAGAUGGACUGCAAUGGGGAGCCAGAAAGCAGCAUAGGUCAGACGACGAGUCCAGAGUUAAGCAAAAUCAUGAGGAACAGCUUAUAUCUGACUUUCAACGCUCCACGAGUGGACGAUUAUCAUCGUGGAAUCUUCCUCACCUAUCCACCAGCAGUAGCAGACGCCUCCCAGAAGUAUUCUGGAACUCUAUUUCACGCCUCAUAUGCACCUCCAUUCGAAUCUCCCAAUGAUCCGCCAAGCUGGUUCUUGGAAGAAAAGCCUUCGAGCGACGUAUCCACUGCGACAACUCUUGUUCUGCUCUUCAGAAUCGGCACACUGGAUCCCAACUCUGAACUCGGGUCGACGGAGGAGCAAUGUAGCCAGAUACGUGCUGUCCUUGACAACGUACCACUCGGUCGGCAGAAUCGCGAGGCACGACUCGGCCCUCUAGCCGAAGGACGAGGAAAUCCCGUACUCGCUGGUUAUGACUGUAUAAUAUGGGCUAUAGACGCAAUGGACGCACUCGCAAGGGCCAAGAUCAUCUCUAUGGACAAGCUUGACUGCACAGACGGUGCUCAAGUCAUGGCCAAAGCCCGUGUUCUCGCCGGCCCGGCUGACGCCAGGUCUAUGGUCGGUGUAGAUUUCGGUGGCUUGAAAGUCGUCAACUAG